AUACAGCUUUUGUUAAUUGCAUUAUCCAUUCGUUUACUCACACUCUCCACAGUUUCAGUUAGUACGGUGCGUGCACAGUCACAAAACAGAUAAAAACAACUCUCUUUCCUCUCUCUCUCUCUCUCUCUCUCUCUCUCUCUCUCUCAUCACUGCCAUUUCCAUUCCCUCUUUCUCAUCUCUUUUUCAAACCUCUAAACCAAACAAGGGUUUUCUUUUUCUCUUUUUCAUUUCUUCAUCUAUUUCACACUCCAAUUUUCUCAUAUUUCAUCGAUACCCAUGAUUGUUUUUGCCUCAAAGUUGCUAACUUGGUAACUGGGUUUUGCUAACCAAACCAGUAGAAGAAGAAUAAGGGAACCAAUUUCAGUGAUCGUUGAAGAACUGAGGUUUAGGGUUUUUUUAGUGGGUUUGUGAAUUUUGAUUGAAUUAGGGUUAUUAAGUUUGUAUGAGAGAUAAAAUUGUGUUGUGAUUGAGAUGGAUGUGGAGGAAACUGGAAAGUUGGAAUCUUUGGACCCAGAUAUGUUGCAGCUUCAAGAGGUUUCUCCUUUUUCUCUCAAAUCGAGUCCUUAUGUUGCUGAAGAGCUUUUCUCGCAGUGGCUUUCACUUCCAGAUACUUCUCGUUUGGUUAAGUCACUGCUUGCUGACGCAAAGGCUGGAGUUCCCUUCAGUGCACUUGAGAACUCAACAAAUUCAAAUGCUCUUUCAAUCAACCCGUUACCUUCCUUAUUUCCGGCUGGGAGUACACCACCACUUUCACCACGCAGCUCACCUGGUUCCCCACGGACCAUGAAACAGAGAACUAGCCCUUCUUCAUUAGGUUCUCCACUAAAAUUAGUCCGUGACCCUGUAAGGGAGAUCAUUCCUCAGUUCUACUUCAAAAAUGGUCGUCCACCUCCAAAUGAAAUGAAAGAGCAUUUCCUGUUUCAAGUUGAUAAUCGAUUUCACGGUCAUUUGGAUGGUUUGCAAUUACUUGAGUUCAAGUCUUUUACGAAAGAGAUAUGCAAACUUCCCUCGUUUUUCUCUACUGCUCUUUUCAGAAAGAUUGAUGUCAGUUUUACAGGAACCAUAACAAGGGAUCAAUUUAUCGACUAUUGGAUUCGAAGCAAUAUGUUAGCUAUGGAUUUACCGACACAAAUAUAUACCAUACUGAAGCAGCCACAUCGAACAUACCUUGUACAGGAUGAUUUCAAACCUAUCUUGAGGGAACUAUUGUCUUCUCAUCCUGGAUUGGAGUUUUUGCACAGCACGCCUGAAUUUCAAGAAAGAUAUGCUGAGACUGUCAUACAUAGAAUAUUUUACUACAUGAAUAGAUCAGGAAAUGGCCGACUUACUCUGAGGGAGUUGAAGCGUGGGAACCUAAUUGAUGCCAUGUUGCAUGUAGAUGAAGAAGAGGAUAUUAAUAAAGUUCUGAGGUACUUCUCAUAUGAGCAUUUUUAUGUCAUUUACUGCAAAUUUUGGGAGCUCGACACAGAUCACGACUUUUUCAUUGACAGAGAGAACCUUAUUAAAUAUGGGAACCAUUCUCUUACAUAUCGGAUCGUUGAUAGAAUUUUUUCCCAGGUUCCGCGAAAAUUUAGCAGUAAAGUUGAAGGGAAGAUGAACUAUGAAGAUUUUGUUCAUUUUAUACUUGCAGAGGAAGAUAAGUCAUCUGAACCUAGUCUGGAAUACUGGUUCAGAUGCAUUGAUUUGGAUGGAAAUGGAGUGUUGACAUCAAAUGAAAUGCUGUUCUUUUACGAGGAGCAGUUGCAUCGAAUGGAAUGUAUGGCCCAAGAACCAGUGCUUUUCGAAGAUAUAUUAUGUCAGCUUGUUGAUAUGAUUGGACCAGAGAAUGAUGGAUAUAUCACAUUACGUGAUGUCAAAAGCAGCAAACUUUCUGGAAAUGUUUUCAACAUUCUUUUCAAUCUCAACAAGUUCAUCGCUUUUGAAACUCGUGAUCCGUUUCUCAUACGUCAGGAACGCGAGGAUCCAAAUAUGACAGAGUGGGACCGUUUUGCACACAGAGAAUAUAUUAGGCUUUCUAUGGAAGAAGAUGGUGAAGACAUGUCAAAUGCCAGUGGAGAUGUCUGGGAAGAAUCACUUGAGGCCCCUUUCUGAAUUUCAAUUAGGUGAAUCAAAGGCUAAGAUAUGCUGCUUCUAAGAAUCUUCACACUCUACCACUCGAACAUGCGGGUAGUAUGCUCUUGGUUGGUAGAUGUCUAAUAGAAUGCUCUGUGGAGAGGUUCUCCUGAAAAAUUUGUUUAGUAAGAAAUUGAGAAUAGCUACAGGGUACUAGCUGGUUCAGAUUUAUUGUUUUUGUUCAUAUACUUAUUUUUUAGACUUUCUAUAUGGAAUUUGAUUUCUGUAAAAAGAAACUGGAGGGCUUUUGGUUUAUCCCUUUUGAGUUUUGGUUGUUUUCA